ACAUAAGCGCUACUGCAGCUACGUUCUGGCCUGUAUCCAAAGCUUACCCAAUGAUGCACCAGUCGGCUAAACAUUUAACAAUACUGACCGGUCGAUCACAGCCGUUCAUGAGAUAAUUAUACUGUACACUAGACGUUGUCGAUAGCGCUGAGCUGCCUCGGAGAUCCUUCCAACAUCCAUGAUGCUGUAUUCCCUCCUCAUACUCUUCCCCAUAUCUAUCUUCAUCUCCCGCCGCAUGGUGAGACUAGUGCGCAAUUACAUCUCAGCGCGCAAAUAUGGUCUUCCCAUCAUCAUUAUCCCCGUGUCCUUCGAAGACGCAUGGUGGAUCGUUCUCCGACCCCUCUUCUCGUUCAUUCCCCGUCUCCCCUUCAAUCUUGGACACUGGUACCUUUAUACCACGAUGGGCUGGACAACCGAGGACGGCAACCGCAGCCUAUUGAAGUACGGCGAAAACUUUGUGUUGUGUUCUCCCACGAGCAACGUACUAGUAACUUCGGAACAAGGUAUUGUGGAAACGGUGUUUGGUAGUCACGGGAAGUGGGCGAAACAACAAGAUCAGAGCAGGUUGUUUGCCUUUUACGGGGAGAAUGUUAGCUCUACGCAUGGGGAUGUGUGGAGGAGGCAUAGAAAGAUUACGGCUUCGGCUUUUAAUGAGAGCACGAUGUGGAGUGUGUGGGAUGAGGCGACUCGACGAGCGGGCGAGCUGAGUCUCGUAGAUGCAGAUGUGGAAGGAGGAAAUGGGUUGACGCUAGCAAUGGUUCGGAGCAAGUUUGAUCUGCUGGCGAUGCAGAUCCUCUCCGUUGUGGGCUUUGGACAAAACACGGAUUUAACAGAAAGACCGACAGGUCAUCAGGAAUCGUUGAUGGAGUGUCUGGGCUUCAUUCUCCAGCACAUUAUUCUCACGGUUGUUUUCAAUUCGCUGAAGGCACCGGACUUCUUGCUACCGGGUUCACUGCGCCGGUUGAAAGUCUCGAUCAAAAAACUUGGGCUGUACAUGAAGGAAUCCGUGCUGCAGCAUGUGCAGUCAGCAAAAUCGAAGCCUGUGCAUGGUUCGAAGGCGCUUAGUCUGCUAGAGUCGAUGGUCAGAGCAAACGAGGCAAGCAAGCAAGAGCAGAAGACCGGCGGACCGAGAUCUUACCUGAGCGACUCUGAACUCUACGGCAACAUCUUUGUGUUUAACGUCGCCGGAUACGAAACGACAGCUUCAUCCUUCAUCUUCGCCUUGUCGUACCUAGCCGCGCAUCCAGACAUGCAGGACUGGGCUGUCGAGGAGAUUGACCGAUACUACGACCACGAUGCAAACAUCAUACCCGAUUACGCAGAGACAUACCCGAAGCUCGUCCGCUGCCUUGCAAUCAUGCAUGAAACACUGCGUCUUGCAACCCCUGCUCCAAUGCUCGUUCGUUAUCCAUAUGUACCCACUGAAGUCCUAGUCACAACGAAGACAGGCGCACGAACUGUCACCGUGGAGCCUGACACUUUGGUUGGCUUUAACACCACCGGUGCGCAUCUCUCGCCGCGCUGGGGUCCUGAUGCCCUUUCGUUCAAUCCGAAGCGCUUUAUACUCCCAUCUUCUUCUGGCGAGGAAGAACUAGUGGUCCCUGAGGGACCGCUGUACGCGCCUUUUAUGAUGGGGCCGCGUGUGUGUCCCGGGAAGAAGUUCAGCCAGGUUGAGUUUGUGGCAGUGCUUGCAAGGGUUUUGAUGGAUUGGCGUGUUGAGGUCGUGAGGGGAGUGGGCGAGAGCGAGGAACAUGCGAGGUUGAGGUUGAUGAGUGUGGUAGAGGAGAAAAAGUUCAACGUCAGUGCGCAUUUGAAGAGGCCUGAGGAUGCUCGUGUAAGAUUUGUAAGGCAGGGAAAGUUUGGAAAGUGAGAGGUGUCUUAUGAGACGUGGGAAUUUGUGAUGCCAACUUCGAUAAGGUUUCAGCUUCGAUGUCUAUCUGUAGCGUUUACUCGUAAUAUUUAAUCUUAACACCCUU